AUGAAUUUUCAAUUAUAUGACACUAAUGCAGGACAACCAAAAGUUACAAAUGUCACAACUGCAGAUCUUGUUGUUGUUUAUAUAUUAUUAUAUCCUUGCAGUUCUAGCACUUCUUGUACUCCAUAUACAACAACACUUCAGCCUGGAAAAUACAAAUUUGAAGUGUUCGGUGCUGGAGGUGGAGACUACGAAUCAACACCGAAUACUGGAGGAAAAGGAGGUGUUAGUACGGGGUAUUACAUAAAUAAUGUAUCUACUACAGCUUACUUUUUUAUUGGAGGGAAAGGAGUAGGUUCAAGUAAGGGAGGAUAUAACGGCGGCGGUUCUGGCGGUUAUGAUUCAAACAAUCCUAUUGGAUCUGGUGGUGGUGGUAGCAGUGAUAUCAGAAUAGGAUUAAAUUCUAAAGAGAAAAGAAUAAUUGUUGCAGGUGCUGGCGGUGGUGGGUGCUAUUCAGCAAAAGGAGGUGAUGCUGGCGGUUUGACAGGUAGCGAUGGUACUACUAAUAUCUAUGGCCAGGGAGGUACAGGAGGCAAUCAAGAAUCAGGAGGUACGGUUUAUUCAGGAAGCGGUGCAACAAAUGGAGAUUUAGGUCUUGGAGGCCAAGGAUCGUCUAAUCCGCAAGCAUGGGGUUCUGGGGGAGGUGGAAGCGGUUAUUAUGGCGGCGCAGGAGGGUCAUCAACACUAACUCAUAAUGAUGGUGGUGGCUAUUGUGGUGGUGGUGGUGGAGGUAGUGGCUACAUUGGAGGUGUUUGGAGUUCCCCAGAAUACGAUAUAGUGGCAGAAACUAAACCCGGGACUAAUAUGGGUAAUGGUUAUAUUAUUAUUUCUUUUUAUGGAUUUUUAUCCCCGAAGAAAAAACUUUGCAAUACCAUGAAGAAUAUAUGUGAGUUAAGGUCAAAUCUGUAUUACUAUCUAUCAUGUUUAAUAAUGAUCGAUGCCUCUUAA